GCGCGGGGAGGGAGCGCUCACUGCAUCAUGGCCGCCCGGCUCCGGCUCCACUGCGGGUCCCGCUGCCCUCCGCCUCCGCCGGCCCGCGGCCUCCUCCGGGGCGGCCGGGGCGCGGGGGCCCGCGCCGCCCUCCCUGCGCCGCUAACGCCGCUUAGCGCCGCCUCAUCGCCGCCCCGCCAGCGGCGGAGCGGCCGAGGGGGAGCGGGGUGGCGCGGUGCGGGGCUGCCUUCCGCUCCCCGCCGGCCUCUCUCCCCGGUGCAGCGCGGGCCGGCGCGGCCGCCGCCUCUCCCCGCCGCGCCUCCGCCGCUGUGCCGGGGCGAGGAGGAGGAGGCGCCACUCCCGCGGCCCGCUGUGCACAACUGGAUUUAAAAGUAAUUGGCAUAGCAGUAGGACUUGGAGGAAUGUUAGAAACUGAAUGUACUAUGUGAAAGAUGUAGAAGGAGUUAGAAAGUGUGCCAAGGCUACAAGUGCCUGUGGUACAUGCAUGAAAAAUGAGAAGGAAAACCAGGAUGAAUUAUUAGAAAGGCAGAAGGAGUACUGAGAGGACAAGGUCAUGAAAGCCCAGUGGAUAAAAUGUCAAGGUGAAUAUGACCAACAAGCUCCAAGGCUGAAUUAACAACAACAACAAUAAAGGUGCUGAAUGAACUGGAAAAGAUGGGUACUAAAAACAAAGUUUCAGAUUAGUAAUUUCUUUAAUCCCCUUCUUAAAGGGAAGACAAUGAAGUGGUAAAGGCAGAAGGAAGUGGAUUAAAAGCAAGUUUUAAGUCCAGAGCAUAAAGUGGCCAGAUUUUUAAUGUAGAUUUAAUGAGAGUUUCUCUUUAACUGCUGGUAUAUGAGGUAUGUCAGAAAUACUAGGUUAGGCAUUACUCUAAGUUGCUUUAAGCUGAAAUUAACUCAUCUAAUUUCCUCAGACUUGCAGUAGCCUUAAACUGGGCUGAAUGAGAAGAGAGUCAAGGCUGUUAUUUUCAAAAACUUCAGAAAUGCAAACAAUGACAUUCUGCCAGACAGAAACUGAAGAGUUAAAGACCUUUUGCAUUUGUUGUGUACUCCUUCAGCAAACAUAAUGGACAUGAAAGUCACAGACUCAAAACUCAAUCAUCCAACUAUGAAAACUAAGAAAAUGACCAAGGUACAAGUAUGGUGCCUGGCUAAAAUCUAAUGAUAGUUAUUAAUUUACAGGCUAAUUUGGCUUCAAAAAUCUUUUGUUCUUUCCCUCUCUAUUCCACGUGUCUUGGGACACAAUUAAAGAUCUUAGUUUUUGCAUUUGCUAAUGUGCUAAGCUACUUCAGGUUGUCCUGACAUAAUACUGUUUGGCAGCAUUGUCAAAAGAAAUACCAAGUUCAAUAAAAUCCAUCUUUGGGU